CAGUGCUACUCUUUCACUCAUCCUUGACCGUUUAGAGCGUAUUGAGAACAAUCGUCCAGCGUCAAGUGUCAACCCUACCGCGUCAAAAUCAGACCAUCGACAAGCUUCUGACGGGUAUGGCUCCCCAGAGCCCUACUCACCACCGGCACGAUAUGGAUCGAGCCACUCGGCUUCACCUCCGAGUCCACCAUCCAGGGUCGAUUCUAGGAACACACCCUAUCACGAGCGGGACACAUUACCAUCUCUCAGGCCAAAUGGAUCUGAAGCUUCGCGCCACCCCGCAGUGCUGGACGUUGCUGCAACUCUUGGUGACACGUUCGAUCGUGUGCGAGACCAAAGGCUCCGACGUACUAUGGGCCACAACACCAUUGCAACAGAGGGUAUCGACAUUUCUCUCGAUAAGGCACGGACCUGGAUUCAUAAUUACUUCACCUACAGUCCCACUGAGACAUUCCUCAGCCUUGUGGAUAGGAAAACUAUUGAAUUAAUACCAGAUAUGCUCCUGAUGAGGCAUGUCACCCUCGACCCCUGUAUACUCAUCAUUUACUAUGUCAUCUUGUGGCGGGGAUGCUACAUCCUGAACACGAGAUCUUUCCACAGCCCAGACGGCAGAUACGCGCGGAAGCUUUACCUGUGCUGUCUCAGAACUAUGCCUUGCUGGCAGAAGGAAGCCACGGGUUCAAUCACUGACUUUAUUGCUGCUAUUUUCAUGACCGGCAUUGCAACAGAAUCCUAUGACUUCGAAAUGAGUCUAGAAAUGCACCAAUUGGCUUGCGAGUACGCCAAAGGUCUCCAGAUGCACAGUCUCGACAGCAAUGACUACUUUGUAGCCACCGGUUGUCCCAGCACCGAUGAGGACCGCAAGGGCAUGUGGGAGCUCAUUCAAACGGAUCUCUUCUAUCACUUGAUCUACAAUAAGCCGGCAACUCUAUAUCCAAGCCUCGAUAAGUGGCAAGUCAACUUACCAUGGCUGUCACUCGACCUACCCCCGGAAAAGGGUGCUCAAGUGUCGACAAUAUCAUUCCUCUUCCGCAGCCGACUUGCGUUCAUCCUGAUCCGCUUCUUUCAGACGCUUGAAGGACUCGAGAAUGAGUCAGAAGCUGUCGAGGCUAUCGAGCCUCUGUGUCACGAGAUCGAAAUAUUGUUUGAUGAAUGGGGAAUUGAAGACUGGAUCAAACGAUCAAGCGACGACCACAUGGAUCUGUGGAUUUUGGCAAGCUUGAUUCUAACCGGCUACACCUCCAUCAUCUUCAUGCUGCGAAAGGCUACCCUGCUGAAAUCGAACUCCCCUGUGCCAGUUUGCACCGACAAUAACGUGCCCAGAACAGACUUCUCAACCCGAGCCUCGCGACGCAUUCUCGACCUUACGUACAAUAUGCUCCACGUCUGGAAGUUCCCCGCGGCGGAGACCAUCUCGUACAUCCUUGGCGCAUACCGAGCGCACACGGCCUAUGCCCAUCUGGCGAGCAACGCCAUGAAUGCCCCCAACCCUGGCGACAUGAUUGAGGAUCUGUAUUUGCUAGAUCGCGUCGCCCAAGGUAUCGAGACUGCGACGCAGCAGGAAAGCGACUUUCUCCCUUUGGCACGGGAGAUGAAGAGAAUCAAUGCUCAAGUCAAGGAAAAGGUAAAUGGCACUACGAGCGCACGGAAUACUUGAUUUCAUGUCUAAAAAAUUGUCGCGACACCUUUUUACCCAACUCGGCGUAUCAGAAAAUAAACACAUUCAGCUUGGUUGUACCACAACGUUGGACUUCUAUGCAUUAUCUACACAGCCCCUUCAGCUUCGAGCAAUACGUCGAUUUAAGCUGUCCUUGUGAUGAUUGGCCGGUGUUGCUUAUCGCGUCUUCGCUGACUGCAGGUCAGAACAACCUCUUUAGUGGCUAGUCUAAUUCUUCGCUGUCGAACGUUUCUCAUCGGUCUACUCAAACGGGAAGUCUGCAAGAGGCUGUCAUGCAGAAAACAAAGUCAUGCGCUGCCAACUGCAGCUCGUGUGUAAUCUGCCCGCCACUGAAUGAAACGAUCAUCACAGCCUUGUCAUCGAAGCCUUCAUGUAUAUUAUCCUGCCGUUUUCUCUAAUCCCUCGUCUCAU